AUGUCCAAGUAUCUCGGGGUACGCUUGACCCUGACGACCACGCUGGUCAUUUCAGUAUGUGUUGUCGACUCGGUCACCAUUGCAUAUGACGGGUCUUUGAUGGGAUCUCUCAAUGCCAUGCCUGCGUACGCCAACUAUUUCACCUUGACGACAGCUACCACAUCCCUUAACACGGCAGCCACGUUUAUCGGCGCUAUCCUGUUGUCCCCUCUCGCCGCACCGCUUAUCAAUUGGCGUGGGCGCAAAUGCGGCAUCUACGUCUCAGCUCUGGUCCAGAUCAUAGGCGCCAUCCUCCAAGGUUCUGCACAGGGUAUUGCCAUGUUUAUCGUCGGCCGCCUGCUCAUCGGCGCUGGAUCUGGCCUCGCUCAAACAUCCGCAGCCACGUACGUUGCAGAGACAGUGCCUUCAAGGAUCCGUGCAUUUGCACUGGGGCUGUACUUUACAUGCUGGGCGGUGGGUGCAUUGCUUGCAGCUGGAGUUUGCUAUGGUACGGCAUCAAUGGAAAACUCGGACUGGUCUUGGAGAACACCCUCUCUCAUCCAAGCAGUUCCGUCCGUCAUGGCAAUUCUUGUGCUAUUCGCCCUGCCAGAGUCCCCACGCUGGCUUGCAUACAAGAGUAGAUCUGAUGAAGCGCUCAGUGUAUUAUCUGCUAUUAACGGGGCAAACGAGAGUGACCCCAACGUCCAGAUUCAAUAUCGGGAGAUCAUGGACACGAUUGCUUUCGAAAAGUCUGACGGCCAAAAGCUUGGGUACUCAGAGGUAAUCAAGAAGAGCAACCUGAGGAGACUGAUGCUGGCCGUUUCAGUUGCUCCCCUCGCAAUGUUGACUGGCUCCAACAUCAUCACCUUUUAUUUCAGCACAAUGCUUGAGCAAGCUGGAAUCACAGACGCAAACACGCAGCUUCAAAUCAACGUCAUCCUAUCAGCAUGGCAACUCGUCGUGGCAUUCUCCGGCUCCAUUCUAGCCGAGAGGAUCGGACGGCGAAUGCUGGCUCUUUGUUCCUUGGGCUCCUGCACCGUCUUCUUCUACAUGUUGGGUGGCCUGACUGCGAGAUACGGCGAGAGCACCAACGCAUCCGGUAUCUACGGAACCAUUGCGUGCAUCUUCCUCUUUCUUGGCGCAUACUCGUUCGGUAUCACGCCCCUCACAGUCAUGUACCAGCCCGAGGUACUGUCCUACUCUGUUCGAGCGACAGGUAUGUCCAUCGCCACGGUUGUAUCCAAGGGAUGUGGACUCCUUGUUACAUUCGCCUUUCCGUUCGCACUUGAGGUCAUUGGGUGGAAAACCUACAUGAUCAACGCAACGUUCAACGUGCUGCUCUGGGCUUUCAUUGCAUACUUCUGGGUAGAGACGAAAGGGUUGACUCUCGAGGAGGUUGAUGAAAUAUUUGACGGCACCAAGCACUCGGAUGCACCAGCACUGGCCGACUUUCAGGCCGAGAGAAAGGAUAUCAUUGAGGGUGUCGAGAUUGCGUCUCCUGUAGAUGUAAGCGUUCGGAUCAAAACGUGA